CGAUUAUUUUUUUUAUUUUGGCACAGUACCUUGUCUGGUCAACCGUAUAUGGGCUAGGGAUGGCUUAUAGUGGGGGUUAGUCUCUAUGCUCCGUUCAAAAAUCCGUCUAUCGAUAACAUUGUCUUGCCAUUAUUCCCCUCAGGUGAUUAUUACACCUUACGUUUACGUAGUGUAUUUGCUUCUAUUAUUUAUUAAUAUUAGGUACCUGAUCCAUAUACUUUCGAGGAUAUGAAUCAUUGAAUAACGCGUAGUAAGUACCUAGGUACAUAAACAGCAAGAAAUGAGCUCGGACUAUGAAACCGAAACCAUAGGUACAUCAUUUUAAUCUUGAAGAUCAGUAUCACGAGUCUGCAGUCGGCCGGAUAACCCCACCUGCAGAGGUGAAUGUCAACUUGACGUCAAUGCGCAAACCCCACAUGUCGGAAGGACAAGCUCAGAUCUCCGACUCGCAGGAACGCGGUCCGCCUAAUACAUAAUACAACACCAAUAGUCAAAUCAUCGUUGACGAAACUAUUGACAAUCACAUCUAGCUCUAUUAAUAGCGUUUGAGGCUGAUUUCAGCUGCCCUUUCGCCAUCAAGGUUCGCUUUUACGUAAACUACCACCGCAUAUUAGCGUUUAGGUGCCAAACAGCUAAUUACAAAGUACUCAACUCUGGAUGUCUUUGUCCUUAGCUAAACCCCGAAACCUCUUAUUCAACUUCACGUUUUUCUAUUAACUAAGAUAUCACGCAAUAUUUGCAUUCACAAUGGCAUCAACAACGGCAGCACCGAAGACCCAAGUCCUCGCCAUGCCCGACGGCCUCAACCCCGACUAUCUCGACACCCUAACCGAACUCGCCGUGCUCCUCAACCGCCUGCGCACCCCCUCCGGCACCGCAACAGGCAACACGCCCGCACCCACGCCCUCCCAUCAACCCCCUCCACCUCCAUCCCACCGCCAUCCGCACUCGCAGAACCAGUCCCAGGCGCAAACUAACAACGGCGCCACGACGACGACCAACACAGGCGAGCUGGCCCUCAAGGAGAUCCCGCCUGCCGCUGACGUCCUUAAGCACCGAUUCCAGCGCGCGCGCGUGCUGAUCCGCGGUCUGCCCGAUAUGAACCGUACUAUACCCAACCAGGAGGCUGAGAUUGCGGCGCUCGAAGCUCGGCUCGCGCGGCAGCGGGAUAUGCUGGAUAAGCUGCGCGAGAUGGGUGCGCAGUUGGCGGCGCAGCAAGACGAUGGGGAUCGUGAUAGGAUGAUUAUAGAUUGAGUGAGCGAUGGCAAUGGGGCAAGCGAGGAAAAACAAAACAGGAGAGCGACUACGGGUUGCUUGGCUCGUCGUUAGAUAUGCGCGGUGCAGAAGCUGUUGUAUACUUGCAUUGGCAUGGAGUUUGGGUGUUCAGGCUAUUUCACGAUACGGUACGGUACGAUACCAUGAGGCAGCGUUAGGGGGACCAGGCGUGGGAAUACAGCGAGGGUUAAUCAUUCAUAAAAACUACCUGUUCCUGGGAAUUGUGUGUAUUACAAUAUUACACCGGAUAAAGACCGCAAUAAAACCCGACGCCAUACGCUA